AUGGGAACAAUCAGGUUUAUAUCUAUAAUCUCUUUUCUUAGUGAUAUGAUGAUUUGGUGCAUUGAUGGACCUGGUAAAGAAGCCAAGGAUAAUCUUAAGGCUCCUCUAUUGACAAGUGAUAAUAAGCCCAAUGAUUUUAAGGCAUCACCUAUUCCAUGUAGUGAAAGUACCGUUAGAAUGUCUCGUUUCAAGGAUAUGAUGAACAGAAUAAGGAUUAUGGAAGAUGGAUCUGUGCAACACGUCAACUUCCAGAGAGAUGUUGUGUGUACCCCAGACGGCUCAAAAACCAUCCUCGAGCUCCUUCUCUCGCGCUGUGCAACAAUGGGCAACGAGCCCUUCCUCGGCACAAUCGUCGGCAACAAGGUCAAGUACAAGACUGCAAACGACAUCCGCAGAGAGGCAGAGGGCCUUGCCUCGUUCCUGGCACAGACCACAAGCCCCGGAGACAUGGUGGGCAUCUACUCUGUCAACAGAUACGAGUGGAUAGUUGCCGAGAUGGCAACUUACAUGUGCGGAUGCACCAAUGUCCCCCUGUACUCCAUGUUCUCGCCCGAGAACGUCCAGAUGAUUCUGAAGGAGACGGGGAUGAAGGUGUGUGUUGCGUCUCGGGAAAAGGCCGAGCAGCUGGUUGAGACUGUGCUGGAGGGCAGGGAGACGAUGCUCGAGCACAUUGUGCUGAUGGACAAGGCGCCCGAGCUGGUGGCGAGGCUUGAGAAUGCCGGGCUGCGGGGACAUUACCUCAAGGAAGUGAUUUCUCAUCGGGGAGGGAUAACCAAGGAAAGGUACUCGAAGGGGGAGGAUCUUGCAACGAUAUGCUAUACAAGCGGGACAUCUGGGUGUCCCAAGGGGGUGAUGCUGACACACCGGAACUUUAUCUCUGGGGUUUCUGGGAUAUUCCGUGGGUCUCGGAAGGAAGAGAUGGUGUCUCUUGACAAGGAGGAUGUGUAUCUGUCGUACCUGCCGCUAGCACAUGUGAUGGAGAGGAUAUGUGUCAACAUCUCGAUGGCAUAUGGGUGCAAGAUAGUGUUCUACAGGGGGAACAUGAAGGAGAUCAAGGAGGACUAUCUUGUGGCGAAGCCGACAUUUAUUAUUUCUGUGCCGCGGGUGCUGAAUCUGUUCAAGGACAAGAUUGAGGAGAAGGUGAGGCAGAAGAACUUUGUGCUGCGAUGGAUUUUCCGGGGGGCCCUCCGGUACAAGAUGUGGAGAGUGGGGCGAGGAGAGCUGAAGAGCAAGUUUGCAGACUGGCUUGUGUUCAACAGGAUUGCAAAGGAGUUUGGAGGGCGGAUUUCGCGGAUUCUGUGUGGGUCUGCACCUCUUCGGAAGGAAGUUCUGGUGUACAUGCAGGCUGUGCUCUCGUGCCGGAUUAUCCAAGGAUAUGGGCAGACGGAGAAUGUAGGGUCGGGGAUUGUGCAGCCGCUGGACACGAACCUGUACGACAAUGUUGGGAUUCCCUUUCCGUCGAACGAGGUGAAGCUUGGAGAGAUACCAGCGGAGCUUGGGAGCGAGUAUGGGCGCCGGUAUCCUGGAAGGAAGUUUGGAGAGAUUCUGUUGCGCGGGGACAAUGUGACGCAGGGGUACUUCAAGAGGCCUGAGGAGACGGCGGAGCUGUUUACUAAGGACGGGUGGCUCCGGACGGGGGACAUUGGGAUGUUUGAUGUGUCGACGGGGAUGUUUUCUGUGAUUGGGCGUCUGAAGGAUGGAUUCAAGACUGCACAGGGGGAGUACAUUGACCCUGAGAAGCUUGAGACGCUGUACAUUGACGGAGACAUUAUACAGGAUGUGUUUAUUCCACGGAGGUCUGAGAGCGAGAGGAUAAUUGCGAUUGUUGUGUGUCCUGACGAGAAGAAGAGUGAGAAGGAGAUUAUGGAGCACCUGCGGGAGGUUGGAGAGAAGCUGGUGAAGCAGAGGAGGAUCACGAGGCUUGAGAUUCCGUCGAAGGUUAUUGUGCUGCGGCGUGGGUUUGAGAGUUUUGAGGGCGCGGAUCUGCUUACGCCGACAGCGAAGAAGAAAAGGGCGCUUGUGGAGAAGUACUUUGCAGAGGAGAUUGACAAGACUCUUGGGAUUAAAUAA